AAUAAAUUGAGCCAAUAAAAUUUCGUGUUACAUUGAUGGACAAUUAGAAGCAAAAUGGAAGUUCUCGUGGAAUAAAAUUUUGAAUACUUUAUUCCUUAAAAUACCAAUGUAAAUGACAAUGGAAUGAUUUGAAAGAUUGUGAAAGUUAAGAUCGAUAUGAGUUCUAUCCACUUUGUUGUCCAUACCUUACCCGGUACAGAGGAUCAACUACACGAAAGAUUGAAAGAUGUGGCUGAGAAGAUCAGCCGUCAUGGGGCAAAUAGUCCCAUCGCAUUAUCUGCCUUGAAAAACUGUUCUAUCAUCCAAGCUGUAGUGGGACCCAACCAUAUAGCAUUCCUGCUUCAGGAUGGACGUGUCUGCAGGGUUUCAUAUACAAUUCUGGGAGAGAGGCUUGACCUUACGAAAAGUGACACAAAAAAGAAAUGGAGUGUCUUGGGAGGUGGUGUCUCCACUGGUAAGACAAACCAGACUGCCUCUGGGGGUAGUCGUGCCCCCCACCGCCCCAGGGGAAGGGUUGUCAGGGCUGUUAGCAGGGGGAGAGGUGGGGUCAGUAGCGUCAUUGUAGGGUCUCGCCCUAUUGUGCCUGCCCCUAGUGUCCCUGAGGACCUUAUUAGUCAGGUGCAAGUGGUCCUCCAAGGGAAAUCUCGUAAUCUGAUCAUACGUGAGCUCCAGAGGACAAACCUUGAUGUAAACAUGGCGGUGAACAAUCUUCUCAGCCGUGACGAUGAUGGGGAUGAUGAUGGUCCUGAAGAUGGAGGUGAACCAUAUAUCGCUGGAGGGGAUGAUCUUAUUUCACUACUUGAUGCAGGGAUGCACUCUGAUCACCCAGGAGUUAUAAUAGAUGCCGAUGCUAUGUUUAGUGAAGAUAUGUUUGGAUACUCUAGUCUUAGAACUCGACCCUCCAGUAGGUCAAGAACUGCAGUUGAACGGGACUCUGACAGAGAAAGGGAAUCUAUAUUCCGGCUGCGGGACAGACGCUGGGCUGAGAGUGCACUGAGGGAUGAAUCUUUGGCACGGACGCUUGAUCGCGAUAAAUCAGAUACAGAAUCGAAGAAAAAUACAAUUGCCAGUGGUACACAGAACCCAUUAAUUUUUGGGGAAGAUCUGCAGUUCUGGCCUGAACGGGAUGGGGAACUGCCUAAAUUUGUGCGUAUAGCAGCUAUGUACAGUGACUUAGUGGCUAUUACACAGACUGGGCAGCUAUGUCAGUGGAAGUGGUCAGAGUACUACCCAUUCCUACACCCUACACACACAGCAGUAUUUCACCCGAAGGUUCCAAUCUUGGGUUUGACCAAUGAAAAAAUAGUUGGACUCUCAGCAUGUAAUGUAAGAGCCUCGGUAUGGACUGAAUCUGGAAAGGUUGCCACAUGGGUGGAUGAAACUUUGUCUCAUGUCGCCUCAAAACUUGAACAUCCGGCCCAGAUUUUCCCAGAAUUCCAAGUUGACAAGAUUGCAUCAUUGCACACUUGUGCCCUGUACACAUGUGCAAGGUUGGAGAAUGGUGCCUUAUAUUGGUGGGGAGUUAUGCCACUUGGCCAAAGGAAAAAACUCCUAGAGAAGUCUCGCAACAAAGGCAAGAAAAAUAAAGCCCCAAAUGCAGGAAGUUGUAAAUCUACAACAGAACGUGAAAUUGUAGCUGGCUCCCAGGUGUGUUUACGGAGCUCUCCUCUCUACCAUGCAGGAACGACUGCUUUCACCACAAUAGAUGGCGUACCUAAAGUAGGUCAGCUGAUGGAGGCUGCAUGGUCGCUUACUGAUGUCUGUCGUUUUAAGAUCAAAGUUCCCUCACCACCUAUGGAGCCAAGGGAACCUAGACAGAAAGCGAUGAAAGUGUCAGUUGAUAAACCUGUUAAGUCGUCCAAUGAACCAAAGGCCCCAGACUUCAGUGCUGAAAUGCCACCUCCACCCUCCCCUGCCUCUAGUACUUGUAGCGACCACAGCGGACACUCUCUUAUCAGUCCAGGCUCACUCAAGCGCAAGAAGCAACCAACACCUGUUAAGGAGAUAGAGAAAAGAGAGGAAGAAGAACAAUGGCCUCUUAAAGAUGUCAUCUUUGUGGAAGAUAUCAAAACUGUUCCUGUUGGCAAAGUUCUAAAGGUGGAUGGUUCCUAUGCUGCAGUAAGAUUCAAUGCAAAAGAUGCUGACCAAGCUGCGUCCAAAGAUGAAUUGAGUGCCGUUCUCCAAGAGUGUCGUCUGCUACGUAAAGAUGAGCUUCAGAUUGUCAAGGCUGGCAAUCCCCCCAAGGUCCCUGACUGCUUUCAGAGGGUUCCCAAGAGGAUAAACACGGAAUGUGGAGAGAUUCUUGCAGUCUCAGCUGAUAACCAAAGUAUUCACAUAGUUGAACAGACUGGCAAUAAGAUGUCCUAUAAGGUCUUUAACUUGAGCUCAGCUAAGGUGGAACAGGACCGUACAUUCCCCACUCACACAGGGGCAUUCCUAGGGCACUCAGAGAGUAACAUCACUUUGCAUACUUCAAUGGAUGAGAGUCCUGUUUUGCUCCAAGAUGGAAACAAGGCCUUGUACCCCCUAGCCAAAGACAGCUUGGAGGGGGUGAGGGACCCUGUUUGGUUGAAUCUCCCACCCCUGCAGUCUCUCAGUCUGGGCAUUCAACAUUUAGGGGCAUUCAGUCUUAAUACCAAAACUAAGGCAGCUCUUAUUGUUUUUGCCCUCCAGGCUCAAGAACUUAUCCCAAGUAUUCUCUGUUGUGAUUUGGAGAAAGUUCAGAGCAUUCUCAACUCUAUCAAUGACAACACUGACACUGCCACACAGGAACAACAGGUGCAGAAUUUAAUACAGGAGCGCAGUGAUGGAGGACGUAACAUCAUCCACGCAGCUGUUGCUAUGUGUAGCCCGACAACAAACAAAGAGAAUGAAGCAGAUCAGUCAAUAGGUGGCGGUGCGUCUUCACUAGAUGCUAUUACUUCUGUGAAUAACGCCAUUGAUGUCCUUGCGAGUAUACGAGCGCAAUCCCAGUCUACUGAGGAUAGGAUUACAGCAAGGAAUGUGAGUCUGCGUGAGAUGAUGCGCAGGGCUACAAGUGCUGCCAGGGCUGUCAGUGGAUUAGACUCUGGUCGAGAUGGGGAGCGAGAGGAUGCCAGUAUUGCUAUUCCAACCCUCAGCUGGCCCCCAGUUGAUCCCCCAAGCUUCGAGAGUGUCCGUACAACAGAACCAGAACGUAGAUCAUCAGUGUCUACAACCAGCACUGGCACGUCACCAAAUGUGCCUCUUGUAGCCUCUUCUUCAACUGCCAAUCAAGAAACAGCGAAUAACAAGACAGAGGAGAAGGAACGUAGAGCAAACGCUUUAGCAAUAUUGAAGCUGCUUUGCGAAUUUUUACCUCUGAAGCCAUUCCUGCUGGAUUUGCUGCAGGCCAAAAACAUGGAAGGUCACACCCCAUUCAUGCAGUCGGUAUGUGGUAGAGCCUACCCUGCUGGUGUUGUCAUAGUAGAGACAGCUAAGAAGUUAUCAGGGGGCAGCAAAGAGGUGAUGAUGACCAUGUUGUACCCCCCUGGUUCUAGCCUAGACAACUCCCCACUUCACCUUCUCUGCUCAAAUGACACAUGUAGCUUCACAUGGACAGGGGCUGAGCAUAUAAAUCAGGACAUAUUUGAGUGCAAGACAUGUGGUCUCCUUGGCACUCUGUGUUGUUGUACUGAAUGUGCCAGGGUUUGCCAUAAAGGGCAUGAGUGCAAAUUAAAGAAAACUUCACCAACUGCCUAUUGCGAUUGUUGGGAGAAAUGCAAAUGUAAAUCCUUAAUUGCUGGGAAUCAAACUGCGAGGUUUGACCUCCUCAAUAAACUACUAGCAGAGACUGAUCUUGUGAAACUGUCAAACAGUAGGGGUGAGAAUAUAUUAUUAUUCCUUGCUCAGACCACAGGUAGACAGCUGAAUGAACAGAGGCAAUACAGACCCAGUAGCUCUAGGAGCCGGGCAGCCAGAAAGACGGUGGCGCCUGAUCUAGAGCCUGAGAUGCCCGAACAUGACCUAGAACCUCCACGGUUCAGUCGUCGGGCCCUUGAGAGAAUUCUGAAUGAUUGGAAUGCUGUUAAGGCUGUUGUAAUGUGUGGCAGCAGAGAGAAAUGGGAUGUUCCCACCGAGGGUAUGUUUGAGGAACAGGCCUAUUUAGCCAGUCAGUCAGGCACAGCAAGACUGGAUAAGUUCACACAUUGUCUCUUAGUCAAGUGCACAAGCGAGAUGUUAGAUACAAUAUUGACUACAAUUAUUCGUGAGAUGCAGAAUGAGUCUAUUGAAGGAAGGAAACUGGAGGCCAAAUCUGUAGGAAGGAGAUUUGUCAGAUCUGUUGCGAGGAUAUUUGUCAUCAUCAGCAUUGAACUGCAACCAUCAUCAGCUAAGAAGAAACCGUUGUUGAAUCUUGCUCAACCACUGGUGAAGUGUAAGCGGGCAUUCCAGGCACUCAUCAACAUAGCAAUAGAGGAACUAUGUGAGACUGCAGACUCCCUAAUAGCCCCAGUUAGGAUGGGUGUGGCUAGACCUACUGCUCCUUUCCAAUUGGUCACCUCCAAUAUAGAUGCUAUCCAGGGAAGUGAAGAGUUGUUUUUGGUUGAACCCCUUCCUCCGCGAUCAUCUGGUAGUGGAUCACAGACCCAGACAACCCCAUCUGGUGGUGACAACAUUGCUGAGCCUGCGGAAACUUCUAGAGACCGAGAAGAAGAGGACGUGGGGUCAGCAAUUGAUGGGGCUGAGCAGGAUGAUGUAGAAAUCGGGGAAGGUGCAAUUGAUGAGAACAUCGAACAGAUUGAAGAGGACCGACACUCUGAAAGGUCCAACGUGGUUGAGGAGGCUGGUGGUGAGAGUGACAUGGAUCUAGACCUGCUGGCUGAAUCAGACUCUGAUAGUGAAGAAGAACAGGUUGUGGACGAUGCUGCCAGUGUACAGCGUAGUGCAGUGACUGCAGCAACUGCUGGCUCUGAGGGAGGCAUGGGAAGCCUGGCUUAUUUCUCUGAAGAGGAGAGUGUGGGCUCUUCACAGAGGGAUGAUGAGAGUGAUGCCAGUGAAGAACAAGAUGAUGUGUUGAACAUUCUCUUUGAUGAGCAACUAGAACGGAGAGUUACAACUCCAGGGACAGGAAGUCAGAGAACAAUACAGACCCCCCAGCCAAUGCAGUGGGCAGUGCGUCAGCGGGACGCCUCCAACACCAGCAGGACUACUACCACCACAACCAUGACAACACCAUCUGGUGUCUCUGGCUAUCGAGACAUCCCACCACGCGAUCCAUUCCUUCCAUCAGCGCUUCGUCAAGCGCCAACUGUCACAUCCACCAGUGCAGCUCCUAGUCCCCAUGAGCAGACCACUAUGGCAACUACUGCCUCACAGCUAGCAAGAGGCUUCAGUAUUGUUAUCAGGCAAAUAGCUGACCUGUUGACCAUGUUACAGGACUACCAUGCCCUUGCCCCUAGCCUGCCCUGCUGCCUUGAUAUACCCUUCCAGGAGUCCAUGGAUCUACAGUUGUAUCUAGAGUUCAGACUGAAGCCUACAUGGGACUGGUUGAUAGCUGUAAUGGACUCCAUUGAGGCCCAGCUGAGGUUUGGUUCAGCUAUCACUAACAGCACAGACCCCACCCACCCCAUGCACCCCCUCCACUCUUCCACCAGAGUGGGACUCAGAGAUAGACAGACGAGAGAUGAACAACCAUCCACAUCUUCCAUCAUUGACCCCAGGAUACCUCGUAGAAGUAGAUUUGGACUAGCAAGCAGUGCAGAGAGUAACAAUGCCAGAAGGGACCUUUUGCAGUAUGCACUAUCCUUAAUGAGGUCACAUAACGAUGAACACUUUGACAGUCUCCCAGUUAUAGACAUCUCAGCAUUCAAGCAUGUUGCCUAUGUGUUUGAUGCCCUGAUCUAUUAUAUGAGAAGUGGAACUGAUGCAGAUGGUGAACUCAUACAGGAUGGUGUUUCCAUGCAUUCCUGGCAAGAUGAGAAUGAGAAUGAUGAGACAGAGGAUGAUCCCCUGGAUAAUGUUGCCAUGGAGACAGAGUCCCUCACAGGCGAGUCUGAUCUGACAAACAAAGGAAGGAAACAUUCGUUCUUCCAGAGGUCUGAGUCGACUACAUUCUUAGGUUGUCCCCCACCAGAUCCAUUUGUACUCACCCUUGAGGAAGCUCUCCCUCUUGCUGACCAGCCACAGCUCCUCCAGCCAAAUGCUAGGAAGGAGGAUCUAUUUGGGGCCCCAAGGCAACCCUUCUACACAUCCCAAUUGACCAGGGUGAGUGACUCCACUGGACCCUCCCCAAGUGUUCCUGCCCAGCCUAGUCCUUUUGAUAAACUGCCCACCCAUCUAGCCUUAUCAUCACGUACAAGUGAAUCUACACCUGGUCAGACUCUGUCACAAGAGGCUCCCCUGGUUGAGAGCAGCACAUCUAUGGAGACUGAAAAUCCAGCUGGUACUAGUGUCAUAGUGGCUCCUCAGACCACUGGGGCAACCAUGAUGGACACAUCAUCAUCUAGACUACUUCUUGGCCCUAUUAACUCUGCCCCUAAUGUAACCACAGGUCCCAGUACUACUACCACACAGACAGAUACUAUACUUACGGCUCCUGAUGCCCCCAGAGGUGAACCAGAACCAACUCCUCCUGAGGUGGCCCCAAAGGAUGCUACACCUACUCAGCCGACUGUGAUAGUUCAUGCUAGCCAGUCCCUGCCCCAAUCCGUACUUGUCAUGGCACCUGGAGCUAGUAAUGCAGCAAUACCCAAUAAACCAACAGACAUUGAGAAGUCACCCAGCUCUCUGGAUACAAGUUCCACUGAUCCCAGUGUGCCACAGAGUGUAUCAGAAGAGCCUGGUAUUCAUUCUAUCACAACCCCUCUGGAACUGAAUAUGCCUCAGCCUUCCACAGCCACUAUAGCAGCCUCAUUGGGCUUAGAUACUACAGGCUCGACCUCCUCUACUCCACUAGGGGUGGCUGGUGUGUCCGGUUCAGCCAUGGGGCCCCUGAACUUGGAUACAUCUAGACCUCUGUCUUCUAAUACUGAGUCUCUAGCCAUAGAGACUGCUAGUGCUACUCCAGAUUCUCUUGCUUUGGAUACCCCCAGCUCAUCUAGUGCUCCUUUGAAUCUUGAAACAUCCGAGUCUGUACCAGGUCCCAUUGCUGUGGAUACUCCAAACUCUAGUACAGCCCCCCUAAACCUUGAUACAUCUAGUUCAACUCCGGGUCCAAUUACAUUGGAUACAUCCGUAGACAUGGUGGGAGCCAAUGAAAAUGUAGCGAACACUGUCGACAUAGAAACCUCUCAAGUCCAGGUCCAAAACACAGAAAAUGAACCCAAGUCAAGUGGCCAUCCUAUUGGUCAGUUAGUGUCACAUGACAUUCUUCUGGGUCGCUGGAGGCUAGGAUUGGAUUUGUUUGGUCGUGUGUUCUGUGAUGAUGUGGGCUUAGAGCCAGGCUCAGUAAUCAGUGAACUAGGAGGAUUCCCUGUGAAGGAGGCAAAGUUCAGGAGGGAAAUGGAAAAACUCAGAAAUUCUGUCCAGAGAGAUUUAUCCCUUGAGGUUGAGCGUGACCGAGAUGCAUUGAUUCAACAGACCAUAAAGCAAAUGAACACACAGUUCAACAGAAGAACAAGCACAUCUGGACCCCCUCUUGCAGUCCACAGGGUGAAGGUGGUCUUCAAGGAUGAGCCUGGAGAAGGAAGUGGGGUUGCUAGGAGCUUCUACACAGCAUUCGCUCAAGCUGUUCUAGUGGAACGGAAAAUACCCAACCUUGAAUCAUGCCAAGUUGGUGGUAAAACUUUGCAGUAUAAUUUACUCCAGCGGUUGAGGAACCGGGAGCGAGAACGUCAACGUGCAAACACAUUGCAGCGCCAACGUCGUGAAUCCCGUCACGCUCUCUCAUACACCGCAGUGCCAUUCUUUAUGCCCACAGAUCUAGCAACCUCUGGGGGUAGUGCUGAGGGUGGGGAGGUUGCUGGGGCACCCCCAUUGGCGGGAGAACCCAGUAGCAGUGUAUUGACAGCCAGUCGCAGACAGAUGGGUGAGAGGUUGUAUCCAAAAGUGCAAGGUCUUCAACCAUCUCUGGCACCAAAGAUCACUGGGAUGCUACUAGAGCUACCCCAGGCCCAGGUGUUGGUUCUACUGGCCUCAGAGGAGCAAUUGAGGCAGAGAGUUGAUGAGGCUGUUGAGGUGAUCAUGUCACAUGGCAGAGAAAUAAGUGCUGAGGCCCUACUGGACUUAGAUAUCUUUAACCUGUCAACAGAAAAAAUGAAACGUGUCACAGGACGCAAAAGUGAUGUUGAAGAAGAGGAAGAAGAGGCCCAAGACAACAGCGCCCUCUUUUUUCAGCCCGGAAAGCAAGGCUACUAUUCACCAAGACAAGGCAAAACAAGACCCGAGAGAUUAAAUGCUUUUAGAAAUGUUGGCAGAAUAAUUGGGUUGUGUUUAUUACAAAAUGAAAUGCUUCCACUGUUCCUAAACCGCCAUGUAUUAAAGUACUUACUUGGUCGUAAGAUUGGUUGGCAUGAUCUUGCCUUCUUCGAUCCCGUCAUGUAUGAAAGUCUACGUCGCCUGGUAGUAGAUGCAGAGAGCAAAGAUGGAGGUGGAAUGUUUUCGUCACUAGACCUGACGUUUUCUGUAGAUCUCAGUCUUGAAGAGGGAGGAGGUCCAGUAGAACUACUGCCAGGAGGUGCAGAUAUAGAGGUCACUGCCAAUAACAUUCAUGACUAUGUCCGCCUGUAUGCAGACCUACGUCUUGUUAAACAAUCUGAGAAAGCUCUUGAGGCACUCAGAAUGGGAAUAUUCGAUGUGUUACCUCGUAGCUCCCUAGAAGGCUUAAUGGCAGAGGAUUUGAGGCUGUUGUUGAAUGGUGUUGGUGACAUCAAUGUACAAAGUCUGAUCAACUAUACAUCAUUUAAUGAUGAGAGUGGCGAGUCUAGCGACAAGGUGCAGAGAUUCAAACGUUGGUACUGGUCUAUUGUGGAGAAGAUGACUCCAUUAGAGAGACAAGACCUGGUGUAUUUCUGGACAUCAAGCCCUGCCUUACCAGCAAGUGAAGAAGGAUUCCAGCCUAUGCCCUCCAUCACUGUACGUCCUGCUGACGACUCACAUUUACCCACAGCAAACACGUGCAUCUCGAGACUAUACAUACCUAUAUACACUACUAAACUUAUACUCAAAUCUAAGCUACUCACUGCCAUAAAAACAAAGGCAUUUGGAUUUGUAUAGGAAAUAGAAGAAAUUAAUACAUGGAAAAGACAUUUUUGACUAAAAAUUAUGUCAGACUAAAUUGAGGAAUAUCUCCCAUGAUAGAGAGAAUAUAAGAGAAGAGACCUAGUUUGACACUUCAAAUGGGAGCCUAAAUCUUAGUUAAUAACAAGAAAUGUCUCACGAAUAUGUCGGAUAACAUUUAUAAUCUCCAAGGCAUGAAACUAAUCAACACUCGUUGGAUAAAAUUGAUAAUCUCCAAGGCAUGACACUAAUCAACACU